CGUGCGGAAAAAACACACACACGCUCACGCGCUCUGCCACCGGAACAGGCAGGCGGAAAGGGGAGUCCACCCGAAACACACACAACACACACACCGUCGCCGCGAUCGAAAAAGGAAGAAGCACCACCGAUUUUUAAAGGUGGCCAUGACUUUAGCCGGUGCGACCCGCUUUUGACGUGUGUGAGUGCGCGUGAGUGUGAGUGUCGGCGGAAGCGAGUAGAGCUCCUUCUUCAGAGUGCGGAGGAACGGCCACAGUCUUCGGCGACACGUGACAAGAAGCGAGGCAGGCCAGCCGAAACGCCAUCAUCGGCGAAGCGUCGUCAAAGGCUGCUGCACGAUGCGGCUACAGCGGCCGACGCAGGGGGCGCUGCUUGCCGCCGCAGUCCUUGUGGUUUCCUUAGCCAGCGCAAGAUCGCAGGGCUUCCCAUGCUACCAGGAGGGCUUCUACCGGGACCCGAACCACUGCGGCCGCUUCUACCGGUGCGCCCCGGUGCGGAACCGGCCGGGCGUCUUCACCCUCUACACGUUCGGCUGCCCCGACGGGACGUCGUUCGACGAGUACCACCGGAUGUGCGUGGAGCCGCACUACGACGACCCGUGCUUCAACCAGGUGUCCCGGGGACCGGCCUACGUGCCGCAUAGCUCCAUGCACCCGUUCAGGGCUCCCGUUCGGUCUAGCUUCAGGGACGGCCAGCAGCUGCCCUGCCGACGGGACGGCUUUCACGCGCACCCCUACGACUGCAACAGGUUCUACCGAUGCGUGCGGUACGAGCAGGACUCGUUCUACAGCAUCUACGAGUUCAAUUGCCCUGAAACGCUCGUCUACGACCAAGCCACCGGAACCUGCAACUACGCCGAACUCAGUGAAUCGGAGUGUGUCGCGAAUCAACGGCAGCCUAACAACAGCAGUAGCUGGAGCCAGAGUAACCCUGCUUCAGACUCUUCGAGCUGGUCACAGGCCGUAGCUGUUCCCGGGGACGGUCAAUGGGGAGACACUCACCAGAACAUUGAACAGGGUCAGCAGGAGAGCAGCGCUUGGUCCCAAGUCCAGGGUCAGGAGCCAGUUAAUCACGGUCACACACAACGCCAGCCACAAGGUUCGUGGAAUAGUCAAGGAGGCAGCCAGGAAGAACCUCGUUGUACCAGGGAAGGUUUCUUCGGACACCCGGAUGAUUGCAACAAGUUCUACAGGUGUGUUUCGGGUGGCGCUGACUCCUUUGUUGUGUACGUCUUCAGCUGCGGAGAAUCCCUAGUGUGGGACGAAGCGCAGAGCACGUGUAAUUACCCGUACGCCGUAGAAGGGCGGUGCAAGAACGCAGCGCCUGGCCCCUCCCAACAGCCAACAUUCCCUGAACAACCCCAGGGAUGGCCGCAACAGGGUACUGGAGGGGGUCGACCCGGGGGAACGUUCCCGCAACAACCACAGGGGUGGCCACAGCAGGGCACUGAAGGUAGCCAGCAGCCAGGAGGCAGCGGAGGAGGCGGACCGCUACCAGGUGACACAAGACCUGGUGACACAAGACCUGGUGACACAAGGCCUGGUGACAUUAGACCCGGUGACACGAGACCAGGCGACACACGACCGUGCGACAAUCAAACUACCACGGGGCAACAAGGUGGUCCAGCAUCCGGACAAGGAACUCCUUCAAAUCAAAACUUACCAUGUCCCAGGGAAGGUUUCUACCGUAACCCUCAAAAUUGCUACAGGUUUUAUCGGUGCGUGAGGCGCGAAGGCGGAAGCGGCUUUGCCGUCUACGAAUUCAACUGUCCCGAGGGACUAGUCUUCGACGAGAGGUACAGCGUAUGUAACUGGCCUUAUCAAGCACCGCCCUGCGAAGAAAGCCACUCGGCCCAAAUCGCACAACCCGAGCAAGGUGGUCAAGGGCAAGGGGGAUCGCCAGGACAAGGAGGUCGGCCAGGCCAGGGAGGCACACCAGGUCAGCCAGGAAGGCCAGGACAACCGGGAACGGGCGGUAGACCGGGUCAGCCAGGACAAGGAGGUCGGCCAGGCCAGGGAGGCACACCAGGUCAGCCAGGAAGGCCAGGACAACCGGGAACGGGUGGUAGACCGGGUCAGCCAGGUAGUCCAGGACGACCAGGAACAGGUGGUACACCAGGACGGCCAGGCAGGCCAGGAACACCGGGGACGGUUGGUACACCGGGACGACCAGGCAGUCCAGGAACACCGGGGACGGGUGGUACACCGGGACGGCCAGGCAGGCCAGGAACACCAGGAGUGGGUGGUACACCGGGACGGCCAGGCAGGCCAGGAACACCAGGGACAGAUGGUACACCGGGACAGCCAGGCAGUCCAGGAACACCGGGGACAGAUGGUACUCCAGGACGGCCAGGUAGUCCAGGAACACCAGGGACGGGUGGUACUCCAGGACAGCCAGGAAGACCAGGAAGCCCAGGAACAGGUACACCGGGUCAGCCAGGUAGUCCGGGACGACCAGGAACAGGGGGAACACCGGGUCAGCCAGGUAGGCCAGGGCUGCCUCCCCAAGAAGGCACGCCUGGGCAGUCAGGAAGUCCAGGACAAGGUGGCAUACCCGGUCAGCCUGGUAGGCCAGGUCAACCAGGACAAGGCGGUACACCUAGUCAACCAGGCACUCCAGGGCAGCCAGGACAAGGAGGUCUACCAGUUCAACCAGGACAGGGAGGAAGGCCAGGUCAUCCUGGACAGCCAGGUGGUCCCGGACAACCAGGGCAACCUCCUCUGCCGGGUCAGCCAGUGCCAGCGCAACCUGGAGGACGACCAAGUCAGCCAGGACAGGGAGGCAGCCCAGGACAAGGUCCACUACCCGGACAAGGAGGGCAGCCCAGUGGCUCCAGUCCAAGUCAUCCAUCGGGAGACGAGAGCGGCCGCGAACAAAGACCAUCGUGCCCACAGGAAGGUUUCUUCAGACAUCCUCAAAGCUGCUACCGAUUUUAUCGCUGCGUGAGCGGUAAUAGCCAAGGCAAUUUUGUGAUCUAUGAAUUUAAUUGUCCAGAGGGACUUGUAUUCGAUGAACGUUACAGCACAUGCAACUGGCCAUCCGAUGCGCCACCUUGUGACGGCGCAGCACCCCCACCUGUAGGCCAAGCACCACCUGCACCUAGUCAGCCAGGUGGUCCUCCUGUGGGACCAGGACAACCUGGAGCUCCAGGACAACCAGGACAGGGUCAACCAGGCCAGCAAGGUCCAAUGCAACCAGGACAGGGGCAACCAGGUCAGCCAGGACAACCUGGUCGACCGGACCGACUGCCAGGCCAGCCAAGACCAGGGCGGCCGGGUCAAGGGCAACCGGGACAGCCAGGGAGACCAGGGCCACCACCGCCACCAGGACAAGGACAACCACCACCACCGCCACCAGGGCAAGGACAACCACCACCGCGACCAGGGCAAGGACCACCAGGCCAGCCAGGACCAGCACAACCGGGACAAGGACAACCGGGCCAGCCAGGACAAGGCCCACCUGGCCCAAGCCAGACAGGAGGACCGAGCAGGCUUCCAUGUCCGCAAGAAGGCUUCUUCCGUCAUCCUUACAACUGCCAUCGGUUCUACCGCUGUGUUGACACUGGCAACGGUUUUGUGGCAUACGAAUUUAACUGUCCUGAAGGCCUUGUGUUUGAUGAACGGUACAGCACUUGCAACUGGGCUGAUGCCGCGCCUCCUUGCGACGAAAGGCCACCGCUCGGCAUGCCUGCGCCUGGUGGAGGUGGAAGGCCUCAGCCUAGUCCCGGACAUCCCAGUCCCGGACAGCCUAGUCCCGGACAGCCUAGUCCCGGACAGCCCAGUCCCGGACAGCCCAGUCCCGGACAGCCCAGUCCCGGACAGCCCAGUCCCGGACAGCCCAGUCCCGGACAGCCCAGUCCCGGACAGCCCACGCCGCGUCCUCCCAGACCUCCGCAGACCCCACCGCCUGCAUCGCCACCAAGCAGACCUCAAACACCAGGUGUGCCAACAGGCACCACCCCUCCGGGAACUACAGGCCCCAUGACAGAAAGCACUCCUACUACACCGGGUGCUGGCAGCACUCCCACCGAGAGCACAGGGACUACUCCAACAGGAACAGCAGGUACUCCUACCGACAGUACAGGAACUACGCCAGCAGGAACAGCAGGCACUCCAACAGGCACAGGAGCUACUCCAACAGGAACUGCUGGCACUCCAACAGAUAGCACAGGAACAACUCCUUCUGUAAGCACUGAGACAGGCGCAACUGGCACAAUGCCAACUUCACCAGGAAGCAUUCCUACCAUGCCACCUUCACCUGAACCGAUGCCGACAGGUACUGGUAGCGCUGGCGCUGGCACGCCAGGUACCGGCGAAGGCGGCCCGACGCAAGCCCCUCCACAGCCUGGUUCUUUUCCUGGAGGCACGCCCAACGUGAGAGAUCCCAAUGGACAGCCAUCGGGUUAUAGCUGCCCCCGAACAGGCUUCUUCAGGGAUCCGAGUGACUGCACAAAGUUUUACCGCUGCGUCGACUUUUACAUGACAGGCCGAAAUUAUGUAGUAUAUCGCUUCGAUUGUCCCGAGGGAACUGUCUUCGACGAAAGAUACAGCGUAUGCAAUUGGCCUGACCAAGCCGCGCCUUGCGAUCAGACGCCCGGUUCACAACCAGGACAGGGCCAGCCAGGACAAGGCCAACCAGAACCAGGUCAACCAGGACAGGGCCAACCAGGACAGGGCCAGCCACCUCAAGGACAACCAGCACCACCAGGUCCUCAGCCACCACAAGGUCCUCCAGGUGGUGGUCCGCAAGGGCCAGGUCCCGCGCCACCCGCCACUGACGUGACGUCGCCUAGAGAGCCCACGACCCCCGAAGCAUCGGGUCUCUCAUGCCCCGAUGCUGGAUUCUUCAGGAAUCCUCAAGAUUGUCAUCGAUUCUACCGGUGCGUCGACCAGUCUGAAAGUGGAGGAGGUUUUGUUGUCUACGAAUUCAACUGCCCAGCGGGUUUGGUCUUUGACGAGAGGAUUAGUGUGUGCAACUGGCCACAGGAUGCGCCUCCGUGUGAUGGUGGACAAGGACAGGGGCCUACUGUAGGUGCUGCACCUGUACCACCAAGCAGGCCACCAGGCCAACCACCCAGUCGUCCGCCUAGUCGGCCACCCAGCCAACCACCUAGCCACCCUCCAAGCCAGCCACCGAGCCAACCACCAAUCCAGCCACCUAGUCAGCCACCAAGCCAACCACCCAUCCGACCGCCAAGCCAGCCACCAAGCCAACCUCCGAGCCAACCUCCGAGCCAACCUCCGAGCCAACCUCCGAGCCAACCUCCGAGCCAACCGCCAAGCCAACCUCCGAGCCAACCUCCGAGCCAACCGCCAAGCCAACCUCCCAGCCAACCACCAAGCCAACCACCGAGCCAACCACCGAGCCAACCACCGAGCCAACCACCGAGCCAACCACCGAGCCAACCACCGAGCCAACCACCGAGCCAACCACCGAGCCAACCGCCGAGCCAACCGCCGAGCCAACCGCCGAGCCAACCGCCGAGCCAACCGCCGAGCCAACCGCCGAGCCAACCGCCGAGCCAACCGCCGAGCCAACCGCCGAGCCAACCGCCGAGCCAACCGCCGAGCCAACCGCCGAGCCAGCCACCAAGCCAGCCGCCAAGCCAGCCACCGCAAGGAGAGAGCUGCAGGCCACAGUGCAGCAGGACCGGCUUCUUCCGUAACCCAAGUGAUUGUACCAAAUUCUACCGGUGUGUGGACUUCUACCAGAACGCCACAUACGUAGUGUUUAACUUUGACUGUCCCGAGGGUCUCGUGUUCGACGAGCGUUACAGCGUCUGCAACUGGCCCCACGAUGCACCGGCCUGCGAUGGCUCUUCAGACCCAAGUGCCGCCGGCAGCUGCGCACCAUCUCCUGGACCCUCCCCGCCACAGCAGCCCAGCCCACCGCAACAGCCGCAGCCUGGGCCACCUCAACAGCCGCCGCCACGACCACCUCCGUCACACCCCAUGCCUCCGCCCCGACCAGCCGACUCUUCGGUAUGCAGCAGGGAGGGGUUCAUACGGGAUCCUGCGGACUGCCACAAAUUCUACCGGUGCGUAGACCCCUACCAGGAUGGAAAGUUGAAAGCUGUCCACUUUGACUGCCCUGCGGGACUCGUGUUCGAUGAGCGAUACAGUGUUUGCAACUGGCCUCACGACGCCCCACCAUGUGAUGACCAGCCCCAACCACAGCCACCGCCUCAACCGCAGCCUCAACCACAGCCUCAGCCGCAACCGCAGCCACAACCGCAGCCACAACCACAGCCUCAGCCGCAACCGCAGCCACAGCCCCCGCCUCGACCAGAACCAAUUGAAGCAACCACAGCGCCUUGCGACAAGACGACUGCUCCACGAUAUGAAAUGACACCUGAAGUCACGACGCCCUCGGAAGCUACAACACCUUCCGAGGCCACGACGCCGUCCGAAGCAACAACACCUUCCGAGGCGACGACGCCGUCCGAAGCAACAACACCCUCUGAAGCGAUGACGUCACCUGAAGCCACGACCCCGGAGACCACGAUGGCACCGACGACGGCCGCGACCACUCCGGCCGCCACGACCGAAGCGCCGACAACUCCAGCGGCCAGCACGAUGGAGCCCACGACGACGCCUUCCAGUCGCCAGGCCAAAAAGCUCGACGACCUCAUCCUGUGCGACAAGGACGGCAACUUCGCAUUCGACGGUGACUGCGUCCAUUUCUACCGCUGCACUGGCGGGAAAUCCGAGAAGGCCGAGCUGUUCAAGUGCCCCGACAAGUAUUACUUCGACACCAAGAUCGGCUUCUGUCGCCGAAAGAGGAAGAACUUCAAGUGCGACAAGACGCCAUCACCAGACAUGAUGGCCCGUCUUCCUCCGGACUUUAUGCAGUCCGCCAUAGUGGCUGGACCUGGUUUCUUGUGGGACUGAUUAAUAGGACAUUUAGAACACGUGCGCAGGUGCAAGAUAUGCAAGGGUAGCCGAACACUUGGCGAUUCGCGAAGUGCUAGCCGUUUCCUCUUAAAGCUUAAAGUGCCCAGUCUUCCAUCACAGUGUUCCUCACCCAUUGCCAUUCCUACUUCUCACUCUCAUUUGUCGACAGGUCCCUUUUGGCACCACGGCUGCUCGGGUCAUACUUAAUCACCUGGUUCUAUUAAAAGCACAAAGCUGGUGUGGAGAGAGGAAAAUGGAAGGAAAGCCGCGUGCCACAAACGCCUUCCUCCGCUGCGCUUUAGAACCGCCAGAAGUUCGGUGUCGUCAACGGGAAAGUAAUGGCAGCCCCAUCACGGCAAUGUGGACGCGCUCGCCAUAUGCGCUCUUGGCUAUCUUUCCCGCAUAACCAUGCGUGGCCACAUAGCUCCGUCACCCGCGCUGUUUGCGACGCCACUUUGCUUGCCGGCUGUAUCACUACAUUUGCUGUGUAAUGCAUUCCACGGACAGAAAGAAGACAAAAAACACGUGUAGAUACUCUGGGGGCAUUCCAGGACAACACGCAAAGCAAAUACGCAUUCUCUGUUUUUUUUUUUUUUUCUUGUGUCGUGAGUAGGUUCUCAGCACGUGGUUCCCUUAUGGUCUCUCACUAUUUAAGAACGGCUAUAAAAGGAACAGUAGCAGUAUUGGACGCCAGCCCAGCCUCGGAUGACGUUGACAUGUCCGUCGAGAGUGCGACGUGUCCAUCGGCUCAUCGUUCUGAUGACAAGCGGAACAGGGGUUUGUCGAAUGGUUAGGCUUAUCAUUGUCUGACAUUAAAGGAAUAUUUCAUGCCA